AUGUUUAUUCGACUUCAGUUAUUCUCAUUCUUCAUAUGCUUCUCGUCUGCUGUCAUCUUUUUUCCAGAUACAAGUGAUUAUGAUGCAUAUGGAUUGAAAAUAGCUGCUAAUAAUUUGAUGAUUGUUGAAGCACAAAAUGAUUAUACUGAAUUUCUUAUUCAAUUUGCACCCUAUACUGAUAAUAUUACAGAGGCCAAUGAUCGAAGUUGUUCAAUUGAAUAUAAUGAUGAUUCACAAUUUGUCUAUGCUGUUGCUCUCGGUAAAAAUCAAUCGACUUACAAUAUUUUCUUUUUUGGUGAAAUGAUUGGUCUCGACAAACAAAAUGCAUUAACGAAUCGUACAUUUGUUGGUAUUCUUAGCUAUACAGGAUCUUUUAAUUCAAUUGAUUGUGAUAAUGAUUUUACUUUUACUAUACAAUUUAUUCCAGGAGCCUUUGCUCAUCAAGAACAUUUAGUGAUGGUAACUGAUUUAAUCGGUUCGAUUGCUUAUGGUUUCUCUGAUCUCUUUACAUUUUCAUAUACAGCAGCUACAAACAAUUUAGUUGUUAAUCAAAAUAAUUCACUCUCGCCUUCAACAUCAUUUUUACCUUUUGCUGUGGAUUAUGAUGGUAGUCUUGGUAUUAUUGCUGGUUUUCUCGAUAAUGGUCGAAAUUCACGUGUUAGAUAUCGUGCAGCUAUUACUCUGUUCAGUAUUAGUGCGUCAACAGCUAUUGCAACACCGAUCAGUUCAUGGAAUUAUUCAGCAAGUUUAGCAUCAUGGCAAGCUGGUCUAACAAAUGUAGGAGCUGAUCAGUAUGCAGCUAAAUUCGAUAUGUCUGUUAGUAUAAAUCCAAUAACAACACAAGUUCUUGUUGGUAUACAGUCAAUCAAUACAGUUUUCUUAUUCAGUUAUACAACAACAACCUUAACAUUGAUCAGUUCAAUGAGUCCUGGUCAAGCAAUUGGCUUUGGUAAAGGUGUUGCUUGGCUUAGUUAUACUCU